ACUGAAAUUGAACAGCUCCCGGACUCGACUUGCCUCAUCAGUGAUCUCGUCAGUCAUGUAUGUGAAGCUCAAGGUGUUGGCUCUCAUAUUCUACGUGACCAAGGAUGUUCGCUUCACCUAUUCUGAAACAAAGCUGGCUGGACCCCAGAAUGUGAAGGUGACCUCCAUCAACAUGGGUGCAGUUAUCAAAUGGACAUCUCCACAUAAUAAGAUGAGCAACGUAACAUACACGGCAAGAUAUUUCCUGAGAGAUGAAAACGCUUCCCUCUGUGUGAACACCAAAGAGCUGGAAUGUGAUGCAGGAGAACUGCCAGUUAUAUUUGGGACGUACAUUUUCCAAGUGCGGGCAGAGGAUCAGGAGCUGCUCUCUGAGUGGGUUAAUGCACCCCCAUUUAUACCUAAUAAGCACAGUAUCAUAGGACCCCCUACUGUGGGUCUUGUCAUCCAAAAUAAUAACUUGGAUAUUCAUGUCAAGCCCCCAGUCCUGAAAGUGGGCAAACUCGCAAUAUUUUCAAAAGUGACCUACGCCAUAAAAUAUUGGACCGAAGACCAUGAAGAUGCGGCAAUAGAGAGGAAGGUUUCUGAAAACAGCACCGAUGUUAAACUGACUAUUAAAGGACUACAUUCAUGGAGCAGAUUUUGUGCUCAGGCAAGGGUGCUUUCCACAGGCUUCACAACUUCGGGACAGUUCUGUGAGGCUGUGUGUGUGACCAAUAUACCUGUGACACCAGUGCUCACCAGCUGUGUGAUAGCUGCUGCCGUCCUUCUUCCUCUGGGAAUCCUGUGCGUCUGGUUCAUCUAUAAAUUGUACAAAUACCUGUACCCAAAAACCAACCUGCCAGAACAUCUCAAGAAUCUAUUGGUACCAUCAUUUUGGAAUCCUGAGGCAACCCAACAUUCUCCACACCAGAAAGAACAGCAUGAUAAAAUCAGUGCCAUAUCUAAAGACCAUCUUUAUGAAGCGCUCUGUGAGAAAAGCAAGAUCUCAGAGGACAAGGACUCUGGGUUAGACUGUGAUCUUGGUCCAAUACAAGAGGUGGAGGAGGACUACAAACGGCUCAUACACAUGAAAUCUGCACCAUCAUUUUACCCUAAUCAUCUCUACCCGUUAUGCUCGAAUAUCACACUACUGACUCAUUUGAAUCAACCCGACUUUGGAGACUCCACUAGCACUCAACCUUGUUACUACAAUGUAGCAGCCACAAGCUCUGAGCUGAAAAACAAUGAAUGUAUUUGCUGAAGUCGCCAACAAGCUGAAAUGUAUUUACUUAAGAAUAGUGAAAUUUUCUGCAGCAAAUAUACGCAUAUGCACUGCCGUGGUGAAAUGGCUGUCUGUUGAAUGUAUAUAAUUUCUUGCAUAAAAUGCUGUUUACUGUUUAAAGUACUUUUUUGAGAAACUUUUAUUAUCAUUGUAUGGUUGUAUUGCUAUUAUUGUGAAAUGUAAAGUGAAACAGAGCUGGAUUUUUCUUCCUUGAAUUACACUUCUCUGUUAGCCCAGUUAAUGUAGUUUUAUAACACAGUUUUAUGAUGUUGUUAGCACUGAGCUUCAUGCAUGCAUAUGUUAUGCUUAAAUUAUAUUUGUAAUAACUUUACUAAAAAAAAUUCAAUAUUUUUUAGUUUCAUGAAAUAAAAAAAAGGUUU